CAUAUUUUCACCUUUUUAGCUCUUCUUUCUUAACAUACAAUACAACCUUUUUAUUGUUAAUUAUUAUUAUUUGCUGUAUAUCUUGCCUUUUAAGUACACUCCCUUUCUUUUCCAAGUUUCUUCUUCUUCUUCUUCUUCUUCUUCUUCUCAAAAAUCUUCAAACUGAAUUGCUUGAAUGUCAAGAGAAAGAGAAUUGCAACGGGUGGAUGAGAUAGGGAAGAAGAUAAAGAGGGAAAUUGAUCAAGGUUUUUAUGAUUCAUUAAUGGGAAGAAGAUACAUUUUGAGUCCAACUGGGACUUUGAAUACAAUAACACCAUGUGCAGCUUGUAAGCUUUUAAGAAGAAGGUGUGCUCAAGAAUGUCCAUUUUCUCCUUAUUUUUCUCCACAUGAACCCCAUAAAUUCGCUUCGGUUCAUAAGGUUUUUGGUGCCAGCAACGUCGCGAAGAUGCUUAUGGAGGUACCAGAGAGUCAAAGAGCGGAUGCAGCAAACAGUCUUGUAUACGAAGCAAAUCUAAGGCUGAGAGAUCCUGUAUACGGUUGCAUGGGUGCCAUUUCUGCUCUUCAACAUCAACUUCAUACCUUACAAUCUGACCUUAAUGCCAUCACUACUCAAAUUUUCAAUUACAAAUUUACUCAUCACCCCAUCAAUAAUAUCCAUUCUCCUAAUUCCUCUUCUUCACACAUUGCUAGUUUCAUUUCCACCGCCGCAACGCCACCUGCAGCUCCAUCGACUCCACCGCAUUCUCAACCGCCUCCGUUUUCUCUUCCGCCGCCACCUCCUUCUUCGUUGUCCAUCUUUUCUCCUCCCAUUAUCACUACUAUUACUGCGUCUGAAUUAAUUAACCCUGUCUCAACAACUCAACAUAUUUCCUACUUUGGUUAAAAUAAUUAUUCUAGUAUGUCUCGUCAUUUGAUAUGAAUAUAUAUGUUGAAUGAAAAUAGUUAAUUAGUAUUAUUUUAA